CUGAUAAAUACAUAAUGGCGAUGAUGGCCGUUGCCACCGUACUGUAAAACGCGUAAACGGAACUGUCUAUCACCUAAAUAAUCUCAAUACCAAAAAUUUGUAUAUCAUAAUAACAUAUUAAUACAAUAACAUCAACAAUAAAGUGUCAAAUAAAAUAUAAAUAAUAAUAUUAUUAAAUGAAAAUAUAAAGCAUUUAUCAAAUAUUGUGUGUGGUUAAAAAAAAAAAAAAAAAAAAAAAAAAAUAAGUGUACAUAAGUGUAUAGUGGUGGUGGUACAAACACACAAUAUUAUAUGGCUAAACGCGCGUACGCUAAAAUGAUUGUUGGUGAAUUAUAAUGAUUGAUGAUUUAAUAUUGAAAUUAAAUUUCAUGAGAGAAUAAUUAUUGAGUGAAAAGAAAAAAUAAUAAAACAAAAAUUCAUAAAAGAAGAAGAAAAAAGAGGAAAAAAAUAUAUAAAUAUCAUUUGAAUUAUGAAAAAUCAGGAUAUUGACAGUUGAACUAGUCAAACAAUGGCAGCUAAUUAUUUUUCAGUUUUAGAUUUAGGAUAAGCUAUUGUUUUUCAAAGAGAAAAAUUUUUUAUUGCAAAUGUUAUGAUAAAAAAACGUAAAAAAAAGAGAAAAAAAAACACAAACAAAUUGAUAUUAUAAGUGUGAUAAUUGUUGACAAGAUUAUUAAGGAUUUUUAUUUAUUAUUAUCAUCUAAAUUUUGUUGAUUCUCCAUAAGAGAUUAAUCAAAAGAAAAAAUAAUAAUAUUGCUCAUAUUAAUGGUGAUAUAAUAAUUGUAAAAACAAAAAUCAACAACAAGGAUAAAGUUUAUAAAUAAGUGCAUCAAUGUCAUACUGUGUUGAUAGCUAAUUAUGAUAAAUAAAAGUGUUUAUUAUUUAAAUAAUGAAAAAGUUGAAGUUUUAGUGUAAAAUAGCAAGUUACAUGAAUGUCAGGAGCAGGCGACGUUGGUCGCAGACACGUUGAGUGGCGACGUAGUGCAAAAAUUCAACAAUAACAAAUUGUUUAUUAUUUUAUGCUAGGAUUAAAGUAUAACUUAAUAAAAAAUAAAUAAGAGCCAAAUAACAGUGUGGCUGUUAAAGGUGGCUGAAAAAGUGGCUACCUAAGAUUACGAGGUGCUGCAUGGGCAUGCAGCAGCCUCAGACACGCCCUCUCCUCGGGGACUCUGUAUCCUCCACAACAUCCCCGACAGCAAGACGUAACAAUCCUGUUGCUGUAUUAACACAUCAGCAGUUACAACAGUUACAACAAUUGCAAGCUCAAAAUUCAAGUGGUCAACCAUUGACGUUUGCCCUGCAACAAUCAUCAAAUAAUGUAUCCGAUCAGGGAAAUGGAGGAUCGUCAAGUGGAGGAAAUCAUAUUGUUUAUUUGAAUCAGUUAAGUCAACUGAAUCAAAAUACAAUAAAUCAAACAGGGACUGGUAUGGGACUACCCCCGGCCACCCCCACAUUUGGGGUUGGCCUUAAUAUGGGAUUACCAUUAUCAUUAUUAAAUACAAGUUUAACAUCAUUAACAUCAAAUGUUAUAACAACAUCAAAUCCAUUACUUAAUAUUGGAUUACCUGGUGUUGUUAAUCCAGCAACUUUAAAUUCAAUAAACAAUACAAUAAAUACAUUAAAUACAAAUAAUAUGAGCAAUGGUAUUGGACAAGAUAUCAAUACAAUAUCAUCAUUAAAUACAAUUAAUUCAUCAACGAUUAAUCGUAAUAUUAAUCAAAAUUUUACAACAACAACAAUUAAUGAUAAUAAUGGAAAUAAUCAUUUAAAUUCAAUGAAUAAUAAUAAUAAUAGUAGUAAUAAUUCAAACAAUAAUAAUAAUGGAAAUAAUAAUAGUCAAAAUACAACAACAUCAACGAUAAAUACAAGUCAAUCAUUAAAUCAAGCAUUUAAUAGAUCAUUAAAUGUACUUGCAACAAGUAAUGCUAAUUUUCCAUUUCAAACAAUACAAAGUAUACACAAUGUAUCACCACAUAUUGUUGGUGGUACAAGUUUAUCAAAUCAAAAUAUUGCAACAGCAUUAAAUUGUUCAACAAGUAUAUUUACAAGUACAUCAAGUACACCACCAAUAUUAACAACAUCAAAUAAUUCAAAUCAAAUUCAACAUCAUCAAUCGGGAAUAAUAACAUCAUCACAACAGCAUAAUCAUCAACAACAACAACAACAACAUCACAUUCAUAUUGGUACAAUGCAAAAUCAAGCAAAUUUACCAACAUUACAAACAUCAGCAAAUUUAAAUGAAUCAAUAAAUAAUUAUCAACGACAAUAUUCACAAAAUCAAAAUACAAUAAAUCAUUCACAACAAAAUACAAUUGUUAAAAAUGCACAAAUACAAAAUAUAAAUUCACCAGGUAGUCCAUUUUCAAUACCAAUGAAAAGUCCAGCAUCAAAUAUUGCACCACCAACACCAAGUCCAAGUCCAAAUCGUUUAUUAUUACGUUCACCAGCAUCAAAUUCAAUUCAAUCAAAUAGAAAUAGUCCAAGUCCUGUAUCAAUAACAACUGGUAAUAUUAAUUUUGGUGUACAACAAAUGCAAAGUCCAAUGCAAAGUCCAAUGAGUGUUGGACAAAUACAAAGUCCAGCACCAAGUCCAUAUCCACCAGCUAAAAGUCCACAUCAUCUUAGUGGAGGUGGUGCUGGUGCUGGUGGUAAUGGUGGUGUUGGUGGUGGUGGUGUUACUGGUACUAGUGGUAAUGGACAAAAUAAUUUAAAUAAUAGAAGUCCAGCACCUGGUGGUAGUCCUGGACCACCAGUACGUACAAAUACACCAAUAUUACAACAAGGUAUGCAAGUACUACAAAUUAUUGGUACACCACAAGGUUAUCAUCAUCAACAAACAAAUUCACAACUUGUAACACGUACAGCAUUAUUUGGUAAUCAACAAAUACAAAUUGCACAAGCUAAACCACCAAAACAACCACCACAAAUAUUACCAAAACCACCAAAUCAACAGGGUGUUUCUGCACCACAAAAACAAAGAGUUCAAACAACAACAAUUACCAAUCAGAUAACACAACAAUCACAACCUCAACUUGUUUUAGCUGGUCAUCAACAAAAUCAACAAACUAUGAUUCCUACAGCUCAAGGACUUGUUUUAAAUCAGGUAUUACCGUCAUCUGGACCUGUUAUUGUCCAACAACAACCUGGUGGUGUACAACUUAUUCUUCGAGCGCCAACGAAUUCGCAACAGCAAACACACACUGCACAGGUGAUGGUGACUCAACAGCAGCUGGUGAGAGUUGUAACAGCACAAGGUAUGCAAUUGCAAGGAAUUGCUCCAACAUUUUUUGCUGUUCCAAAUGGUUUUUCACAAGCACCACAGUCUGUGUUGAGACACACAGCCAGUCCAUCGUCUGGUAAUCAACAAGGAAAUAAUUCAAUUUUAAUACAAAAUACAAUGGUGCAAAGCCCACAAUCACAAUUAAAUCAACAACAACAAAAUACAACAACAACAACUACAACACAAAAUCAUAUAACAACAAUACAACAACAGCAACAACAACAAAAUACAAUACCAGACCAAAAUUUAUUACCGCCACCAAAAAAGAAAGCUAAAAAAAAGAAAAAAGUUAAGAAAAAAGAAGAUGAACAACCACGUCUUGAUUUAGCAAGUAUUAUGAAAAUAUCUGGUAUAGGUGAUGAUGAUGAUAUGUUUGAUAGUGAUAUUAUGCCUGAACCAGAACCAAUGCCAUUACAACCACAAUUACAACAACAACAACAGCAGCAACAACAACAACAACAGCAGCAACAACAACAAAUUCAACAUGUUGAAACAAUACAACAACAAAUUGGUCAUAUAUCACCACAUCAACAAAUACAAACAGUUGUUAAUAAUAAUAAUCAAAUAAAUCAAACAUCUGAAACACAAAUAACAAAUGAUAAUAAUUAUGGUAGUCAACUUGUGGCACAACUUCAAACACCAGUACAAAAUCCAAUAUCUGGACAUUUACGUCUUGCUGUUGGUGAAGAUGGACGUGUUAUAUUGCAUCAUACACCAGAUCCAAAUCAACCAGAAAUUGAUCAAGCAACUGCUCAAGCAGUUAUUAGAACAUUGACACAAGGUAAUGGACAAAAUUCACAAAUAAUAUCACAAUUAUUAAGUCAGGCACAGACAUUACAACAAAAUGCUCAGCAAGCACAACAAAUUCAACAAGUACAACAGCAACAACAGCAGCAACAACAACAGCAGCAGCAGCAGCAGCAACAACAACAAAUACAAAUAAAUACUCAAAAUAGAAUGAAAAAUAUACCAACAACAACAACAACAUCGAAUGUUGCUAAAUCACCAGUACCAAGUGGAACAAUAAAUCAAACUGGUAGUAUUAAAUUAAUACAAAGUGGUACAACACAAACUCAUGUACAACAAAUACAAGGUGGUGUUAAAAUUAAUUAUACACAACAAAAUACUGGUAUUAAUAUUGUUAAUCAAAGAACAAUAACACAAAAAACAAAUCAAUCUGUUAAUAAAAAUAUACAAAAUAAUAAUUCUGGUGCACAAAUGACAACAACAAAUGUGACAUCACCAAAAAUAUUUAAUACAACACAAAUUAAUAAAUUUAAUGAACAAAAUAUUAAAAAUCAACAAAAUUGUAUUACAUCACAGCAACAACAAACAUCAACGACGACAGCAACUCCAACAACUCCAACAACAACAACAACAACAACAUCAAAAAAAGGUGGUGGUGUUGUUUUAGUACAAAAUACAAAAAAUAAUCCUAGACAAAAUUAUAAUAAAACAAAUCAAAAUCAAAAAACAAUUCAAACAAAUAAUAGAACCGUCCAACAAAUUGGAACAAAAGGAACAUUAAAUGUUCAACGUAAAAAUCAAGUACAAGAACAAAUUCAACAACAAAAUGAACAGAUUAAUCAAUUAUCAACACAAUCAUUAAAUGUACAAAGAGUACAUGAACAAAAUGUACAAAAAAUUACUGUACAAAAUGUACAAACUGGUGUUGGUGGUGUGCAACAACAAAAUUUACGUAAUGUUACAUCGCAAUUACAAAAUUUUCAACAACCACAACAUGAUUUGCAUAUAAUUCAAUCAGCUGAAACUCAACAGCAACAGCAGCAACAACAAACGAUAAAUAUCACAAUACCAUCACAACAACAACAAACAAAUAUGGAUCAAAAUAUGUUACAAGCUGUUGUUGAUGCACGAAAUCAAGAAAUUCAAGAUAGUCUGCAGCAUCAAAUAAUUACAACAAAUUCACAAACUAUAAAUAUGCUUAAUCAAAAAAUACAAUCACAACAACAACAACAACAACAACAACAACAACAACAACAACAACAACAACAACAACAACAACAGCCACAGCAGCAGCAACAACCGCAGCAACAGCAACAACAACAGAAUACAAUAUAUUCAAAUGAAUAUCAAUGCAUAAAUCAACAAGAAACAAAUUCAAUAACAUCAUCAGCACCAAAACCACAAAUACAAAAUUCGGAAUUAAUAAAUUCACAAACAAAUAAUAUAUUAAAUUUAAAUAAUGCACCAAAAUUAGGACCAGAUAUAUUACAAACGUUGAGUAAAUUAAAUCCGAAUGAUCAAUUAUUAAUUGCAAAUGAAAAUGGAUGGCAAGUUAUUAGUCAACAAUUAUUACAACAAUUAUUUACUGGACAAUUGAAUGCAUCAAAACAACAGCAAGUGCAGCAACAGCAGCAACAACAACAACAGCAACAACAGCAGCAGCAACAGCAACAACAAAAUAUUAAUCAAAAUCAACAACAAAAAAUUGUUAUUGGCGAUGCAGAUACAACGAAUACACAAAAUCUUCAGGGUGUACAAAUUCAUACACCAACAAGUCAAAUUAUUGUUAAUAGUUCUGGUGGUGCACCAACAAUUCAAAAUAAUAUACAAAAUAUUGUUGUACAAGCAGCUCCAUCACAAAUGCCACAUCAAAUUCAAAUACAAAAUUCUGGUUUUCCAAGUCAAUUUAUUGAUAAUUUAAAUCAACAACAAAUACGUAAUUUUACAAGUGGUAAUCAACAGCAACAAAUACAUCAACAACAACAACAAUUACAACAGCAACAAGUGCAACAAGUACAGCAAGUGCAGCAAGUACAACAAGUGCAACAAAUACAACAACAACAGACAGUUCAACCAAUUUCUGCUCCGCCAAAAAAGCCAAAGGCUGUGAAAAGAACAAAGGCAAUGGCGUCUGCACAAAAUGCAAAGACUGUUCAAAGGCUAUCUGGUAUUUCAACAAAUACAACAACAACAUCUGUUGCAUCAAAUGCUGUAGGUCAAAAAAUUGAUAUUACAAAUAAAACUCAAAACUUUCAAUGUACAAAUAAAUCUGAUUCAUUACAAACAACUGGUAAUAAUAGAAUCGCAGCAUCAACAAAUCAAUCAACAAUUCCAUCAAAUGGUCAAGUUGUAUCACGUCCAAAAUACAUACAAAUACCAUUACAAAAACAACAAAUGUUAAUGUCAAUACAAUCACAAAUGUCAACAAUUCAUAAUAAAAAAUUACGUACACAAGCUGAUCAAGCAAUAUUAGAAAAAUUAAGUGAAGAAUAUAAUAAAAUAAUUGCUAGUGGUAAAGCUGUUAGUGCACCACAAAUGACAAUACCAAGUUCAACAAAUUCAACAACAACAAAUGCUAGUAUAUCAUCACCAACAGUAUAUACAAUAUCACAUCCAGUAAAUAUAUCAAAAAAUCAAACAUCAACAGCACAAACACAAACAUCAGCACCAGUCCAACAACAACAGCAACAACAGCAACAGCAACAGCAAUUAGUACUGCCACUUUCACAGCAAUCACUACCAUUAACAUUACCAGUACAACAACAGCAACAGCAACAACAACAACAACAACAACAACUAGUUCAACCACAAGCAGUCUCACAAGUACCAGUACCAUCAGCACUAGUAUCAACACCACCAUCAUUAAUACCAAGUGGAUGUUUAUCAAGUCCAGCAAUUGUACAAGAAUGUUUAAUGAAUUCUGGUGGUUCAAGUGGUUUAACAAAUGUUAUUAGUGGUUCUAAUUGUCCAGAUCCAUCAAUGCCAAAUUUAAUGCAUUCAAUACCAAUAAAACAAAAUCAAAAAAUUAUUCAUGGACAAUUAGAUACACGUAAUUUAAUUCAAAAAUCAACUACAACAACAACAACAACAUUUUCACAAACUUCGACAAUACAAACAACAAAUAUUCAACAAUCUGGAUCACUUAAUUUACCAACUCAAAUAUGCCAACAACAAUUACAACAACAACCACAACAAUUACAACAGCUACAACAACAACUACAACAGCCACAGCCACAACUACAACAACAACAGCAUCUUCAUCAUCAUCUUCAACAACAAUCAACUCAGUGUCAAACAGAUUUACCAGAUAUUAAACCAAACAUUCAUUUAUUACCACAAAUAAAACAAGAAUUACAACAAACACCAAAUCAAUUACAUUUAACGUUACAAGGAAAUUCAUCUGCUGGUCAGAUAACAUCACCACGUGUAACAAUAAAAUCACAGCGUAAUCAAAGUCCAGUUAAUAUUAAUAAAACAUUAUCAAAUCCUGGUAGUUCAAGUUCAAGUUGUAUAACAACAAUUGUUAAUCAAAGACAAGGUAUUAAAAGGCCAUCUACGAGUCCAAUUUGCCGGCAAAUUAAUCGUACUGAUCUUAUGGAACAACAACUUAAAAUUGAUCAAAAUGGUGCUAUUAAUCCAGAUGUUAAUACACCAUUUGUGAGUAAACGUGAUGCAUGUAAAAGACUUGUUAGAUAUCAUUGUUUUAAUGAACAAGUAUUAAGUGCCAAGGAUCUUGCUAAAGCUGAUGAAAUAUUUGAAGAAACAGCUAAACAUUUAUUGAGUAAAUUUAAUUCAAUGAUGAAUAAAUAUACAUAUUUAUUAAUUAUGGAAAGCAUGAGAGAAGUUAGAACAUCAGAACUCAUGAUGAUUGACAGAACAUUUGUUUCUGAUGAAGAAUGUUCAUUAAAAGCAUUACGUGAAAAAGAAGCUCAAGCUAGUGCUGAAUUUAGUAUAGAAGAAGAAAAAUUAUUAAUACCUAAAAUUGAGACUGAUGAAAAAAUGGAUAUUGAUAAUAAAAAAAGUAUAAAAUCAGUAAAACGUGAACUUGAAGAUGAUUUUACAAGUAUUGAUAGUCAAGUUAUUGAUACAAAAUUAACAUCAAUUAAAUCAUCAAGUUGUACCAGUGGUGAUUAUGAUGAAUGGCUUGAAAUACAAAAAGAACUUGGUGUUUAUCCAACAACAGAAUCAUCAACAAAGUGUAAAAAUAAUAUAACAAGUGUUGUGUCAAAAGAUAAAAAUAUAUUAAAUAAAGAAAGAACGCGAUCAUCAAAUUGUGAAUAUCGUAUUACAAAUACAAGUGUUAGUGCAAGUGUAUUAAAUAAUAAUAUUAAAAAUAUAUUUGAAACAGAUAAUAAUAUGUCAAUUGAUAUUGAUAAAAAAUGGUGUACAGCAACUGAUUUAGAACGUGAUUUACUUGAAGAUACAGAUAGUUUAGAUGGUUUAGCAUUAAAUUCACAAAAUCAAUUAUUAUCAUCAUCAUCAGCAUCAUUAACAAUAAAUGAUAUUAAUAAUACUGUUACUGAUGGUAUUGUUAAUGAACAUGAUGAUAUAACAGCACAAGUACAAUCAGCAAUUGAUAGUAUAUUAAAUUUAAAACAACGACCAACAGUUGCUGGUGCUGUUACUGGUGGUGUUAAUAGUAAUAAUACAACAAAUCCAACAACAUCACAAACAAGUGAUAAUAAAGACUCUGUGCUUGAUCAAGCUGUACGUAGUAUUUUGGGCUCGUGACCCUCUUCAAAUAGAGUUUAUUAAAUGCCACUAUUUCAUGCCAAUAUUUAUAAUAAAAAUAUACAUUUACAUUUUAUCCUUGAUCCUACACAAAAUAAUAAUAUAAAAAACAUUAUAAAUAUAUACAUAAAUAUAUAUAUAUAUAUUUUUUUAAAUAAUCUUAUUAAUAAAUAAUUAGAUUUUAUUAUUUUUUUAAUUUCAAGAGACUAGAAUUUAAAUUAUUUUUUCUUUUUUUUUAUUUUAUACAUAUACAAGUAAUAUUAGCAUUUUACUUUUUUUGAAUUGUUUUUUUCUUUUUUUUUUUUUUUUUUUUUCUAUCAUUAUUUUUUGGUUUUUUUAUAAAUUGAAAAAUAUAUUUAAAAAAUAGAUUAUUUUUAUAAUAUCUUGAUGAAUCUUAUUUAUGGGAUCAAAGAAGAAUGAUAAUUGUUAUUUUAAAAUUUUUGGUAAAUUUUUUUUUCAUUUUUUUCUUUUCAAUAAUUCACAAUGGCAAUAAUUAUUAUAUUUAUAUAGAAAAAAAAAUAUCAAUUGAAGCCGAGUUAAUAAACUUUCCAAUAUAAUUUUAAUUAAUUUUGUUUUUUUGAUUUUUUUUUUUUUUCGAUUGAUAUUACGAAAUCAACUUUGAAAGACGGGAUAAAAUAAAUAAAAGAAAAAUGGUAUAAAAAUGAGAGAAAAAAAAAAUAACAAAAAAAAAAAAAAAAAAAAACGAUUGAAUUUAAGUAAAAUUAUAUAAAUAAUAAGCCAUCAUCACGUAGAUUAAAAUUAUAUAGAUGAAAUAAAUAAUUAAUUAAACAGAGAUAAAUAAUGUACAUGUGAUUAGAUUAGGUGAAAUAAAUAUAUUAAUUUAAUAUCAUUAUUUCACUGAGUUUGUAAUGUAAUUUUGUAAAAAGUAAUUAUUUAAAAAAAAAAAGAAAAACAAAAAACAUUAAAUUACUAUAUAUUAUUAAUAAAUUUAUGUAAGAACAAUUUAUUCACCCAGUUUUAAUUGUAAAACUAUUUAACGAAUAUUGAAGACGUAAAUUUAAAAAAAAGUUUGUAAUGUGAUUUUGUAAAAAGCAGCUAUUUAAAAACAAACAAACAAUUAAUUAAUACCGUUUAUAAAUAAUUAAAAUUUUAAAAAUCAUAAACGGUUAAUAAUGAAAUUUAAAAGAAAAUGAAAAACAAUGAAAUUUGUUGGAUCUAAUUGUAAAUAAUAAUUUAAAAUGUAUUAUUAUUAAUAUUAUUAUUAUUCAAUAUUAUAAAUAUUAUUUUGAUGAUUAUUAAUAGUGUAUUUGGGAUAAUAAUUAUGUGGGAAAAAAAAAAAAAUAGAAUUAUUAGUUCUCAAUAAUUAUAUAUAUUAAACUAGUGUAUUUUUUUUUUUUAUUUUUUUUUUAAAGAAAAAAAAGAAGAUAAACAUUUAUUGAGUGAAAAAAUGUGAGAUAUUAUUGUAGAGAUUGAUUAAUGAAUGAAUGAUGAACGAAAAACAAGGGGAAACAGGAGAAAUUAAAUUAAAAUUAAAUUUAAAAAGAUAAAUUAUUUAUAACGAGCAAAUUUAGGCGAAUUUUUAUUGAAAAAAAUUAUAAAUUAUACUUUAAAAAAAUGAGAAUCUGUUAAUAUACUUAAAAAUAUUUUUAGUUUUAAUUUAAAAUAUGAUCUCAAUGAUUUAAAACAUUUUUUUUUCCUUUUUUUUUUAAAUUAAAAAUUAAAAAAAUAUUAAAAAAGACUAAUCAUUUAUUUGAGAAAAAAAAAUCAGUCAUAAUAUUAGCAUUAGAAUUUUAUUUUAUAAUGUUUAUUGUUUAAUUUAAAAAAAAUAAAAUAUUUUUAAAAUCACACGGUAAUAAUUAUUAAGUUAUUUAUUUAGAAAAAAAUUAAAUUAAUUUGUCAAAAUUUGCUCGUUAUAUAUGAGAAAAAAAAAAUAAUAAAAAUAGUCGAAUGUUGUUGAUAAUAAAAAAAAUAAUUAAAAAGAGCCGAAUAUUAAUUUUAUAAUCAGUAAAAAUAUCAUUUAGAAAAAAAUGAUUACAGUCUGACUAAAAUGGAAAAUCAAACGAAAAAAAAUAUACAUAGAAUAUAUAUUAAAAAAAAAAUUUUAAAAACAUUUUUUACCUAGAUUUUAUAGAUUCGAGAAUUUAAAAUAUUAAAUACAAAAAAGAUUAAAUACAACAAGCAUUUUGGCAUUCAAUAAACAAAAAUAUAUAUAUAGAUUUUGUGUGUAGAUAGUUAAUAUGUAUUAUCAGAAUUUUUUUU